UCUGUGUUCAUUGUUUUCAAAGCUAAACAUUUUGAAGGAAAGUUACACCUUGGUUACACUGAGAAAAGAGGUAAACUUGUUUUCACACUGAGAGAGGGUCCCAUUCGUGCAAUGUACAAGAAUUAGUGUCAAUUAGGUGAUAAUUGAAAGGAAAAGAGCUGAUUUAUUUUGAAGAUGUCCUUUCCUAAAAGAAAAGAAAGCACUCCAGCUGAUAAUAAAAGUUCUUUGUUUUGGCGUUGGAAUCGGCUUCAAGUGAAUGCUAUGGAAGAUUCUGAAUUGCGGAAUGUGCAAACAGUUUACGAUUCUCCCAAAGUAACAAGCCAUUCUCGGUUGCUUUUUGGAGCGCAGAGCAGAGUUUUCGACGCCGAAAAUUCCCUCAAGAUGGAAAAAGAUUCGAAGAAGAGACACUCGCAGAAAGAUUUUACGGAGAAUUCAACUUCAAAUGGAAGCCGAGAAAAAGAAAUUGAAAAUGAAACUAAAGUUAUCGCGACUGUAAUGGACGCCGAGAAAGGAAGAUCAAACCCAUUCGAGUACUUUAAACAACAUCGAUUUGAUAAAGAGCUGGACCUGAACGGAUGGGUGCUGGGCCCGAUAAGGGCAUAUGAAAUUGCCACGGAGCUUCUAUCUUCUUCGACUGUUGUGAGUUUGUUUCUCGCAAACAACCGCCUUGGAAACGAAGGGGGCAGGGCCAUUGCAGAAGGAUUGCUCGGGAACUUUUCUGUUAAGGAGCUGGAUUUGUCCGGAAAUAUGCUCGGGCGAAACGCAGUCUCCAGUAUUGGAGAGAUGCUCAGAAAAAAUCGAACUCUGGAAAAGUUGAAUCUCUCGAGAAACGACCUAACAGAUCAAGACAUGGAAGUGUUUCUUGAAUUCCUCUGCGGCGAAAUUAUCUUAAAAGAGCUGGACUUAUCUCAUAAUAUUCUAUGCGAUCAAUUCGCUGAACGUAUGUCGCGAGUCUUAAAGAGUCAUUUUAUUCUCGAAAAGCUUUCCCUCAACUCAAAUCAGCUUGAAGUAACUGGCUUACAAGCCUUGAUGCCCGGUCUUCGAUGUACGCAAUCGCUUCGGGCUUUGAACAUUUCGUGGAAUUACUUGUACGACGUUGGAGCUGAAAUUCUUGGCGAAAUAAUCGCUGACAACGAAAGCCUAAUUGAAAUUUCAGCCUGUGGAAAUCUAUUCACAGCCAAAGCAGCCAGCUUCCUUGCCAAGGGGGUUGUUAAUAACUCAAAUUUGAAAAUUCUUCGCAUUGGUCAGAAUUUGAUCCGAAACUCGGGAGCGUAUGCGUUUAUCGAUGUCUUAUCUCAAAGCGGCUCGUCUUUAACCGCGCUUGAGGUUUUGGAUAUCGAUGGUACCAUUGUUGACCAAAAGUUUAAAGAAAGAGUCGAGACUAAGUUUUCUGAAAAGCUUGGUGCUUUAAAGGUAGUCAACGCUUCGGUUGUGGGUGAAAUUUCGAACGAGCUAGAACAGUUUGUGGAAAAAUCGCCUGAAGAUCUUUCGAUCUGAUUCAGGUCCAUUAGCUUCUUAUUUUGAAAGAAAUAUGUCAUGAAAUAUUGAUUGACUGAUAAGGAAUAACUCUUUAAAAUUCACAAUUUUCAU